UGUGGAUUUAUCAGAGGAAUGAGAGACAACCUCGCAUUCGGACGAUUUUAUCCGAGCGCUCACUGAUCUUAGCGUGGGAGUGAGAAAAUUCACCAAAAUCGGCAAUGGGUGAGGAGGCGGGUACGAAACCUCGUAAGGCCAUCUUUUCCUUUAUCACCCCUUCGACCACGGUCCGUGCUUCCUACUCGGUGCAGAAGAGGUCUUUCACUAAAGCUUUGCAGAGACACAGGUGGUUCGAUGAGGGAGAACUGCUCGAUACCAUGGAGAAAGGAGUGAUGUAUCCCAUAAUCCACUACGCAGAGGUAUGUCCAAAUGGCAACAAACCGCCAAUGUCUUUGCAGGAUCCCGCUGCGUUGGGUCAAGAAUUCACACUUCAGCAAGGUCUGUAUUCCGAAAUAAAAUAUUCGUGUCCUACCAUCCUCAAAAAGAUCUCCUCCUCCACAGAGGCACUGCAGACCCACAAAGCGUGCAUCUUCAUGGGGUUCAAGAAACUGGACAGUCACUUCAGCGAGGUGCUGGAGGACAGCUGGAAGGACUGGACGGGGGCACGCCUCAUCUACAUGAACCUCUCCGACGAGUUCGGACUAUCGAGGCUCUCCUUCUACCGGCGGAUGGCGCCCAAAGACGCGGACAUGUUCAUGUACAUCAUGAUGGUCGAGUGCGAUUCGGUGACCUCCAAGAACCAGAUUCGACUUCUGGAUUUCGUCCAGAGAUUGCGGGUGGAGAGGAUGAUGGGAUAUCUGUCCGUCUACAAGGUGGAGAGAAUGGUCCCAUCAACGGCUAACGUCAUCAACGGUCUUCUCACCGAAGCUGUCGAUGCCGAAGGCAAAGUGAACAUAUGACAACUGGAAGAGGUGCUGGGACUAAUAACUGAUUCUGUGUUGAAAUCUGACGAGAGACCUGUUGCUGUGACCAGAUUCAGAAAUGCCAGCGGAUGAUGAACAAUAUGUUUCAAUAAGAUUCAGACGAUUAUUAUUGAUGGUGUUUGCAAACCUGAUCCGAUCUGAUUUUAAGUGAUGAAACAACAAGUGUUUGUGUUUUUCUUUUUUUUAGAAUUGGUAGGGAUGUGUUGAGUUGUUUAUUGUCAGUUUUCGUUAUGUCACCAUGCAGAAUCUGAGAUGUGUUUAUUCUGUGUGGAAUUGUUUAGUGAUAUAUAACUGUUCCUUUCUUUUAAAGAUACGUUAUUGUAAUGCAAUCUUAAACUGAAAGACCACCUGUGUGUGAUGUUAUCACAGUAAUUUGUGUUCGUAAAAGAUCACUCUCGAACUAUAAAGAUGGUUUCGAUUUUUUUUAGUAAUUUGGUAUACUUUAUACUUGUGAAUGUAAUUGUCUUUCACUGUGGUGCUAAAUUAUGGAAAUGUCUGUAUGAUUGUACUUAUCUCUGAUUUUGAUGUAAAAUAUCUUAUUCAAAGGACAAAUUAUUCAUUAGUUUGAUGAUUUUAAAUUAUCAGCUCCACAUUAUCGGAGGGACCAAAUUUUGUGCAACAAAAAUGAUUUAUUUCUAAUAAGAACUCGAGGAUUAUAAAUAAAUUACAAUGCAAAUUAAGUGUAUCGUUAAAUUUUUGAGGAGCUUAUUUUCAACGAAUAUUCAAAAACAUCUUAUUCUGAUAAGAUAUUUUUGAUGAUUAUGCGUAGAAAAAGACAAGAGAGAAAUUAAAAUUGAAAAUUCUGCUGCCGAUUAAAGUGUUCCGUAAAUAAUUUGUAAAACGAUUCAUGGAAACAUUAAAUAGAAGUAUUGAAAUGCUAAGAUGAAAUAUUAUGCUUUCUUAGCAAAAGAUAGUAACAUUUUCUUUUAAUUCAGAAAAAAUAUCAAGUUAAUUUUAUCAAAAUUUAGACUUUGAUACAGAGGCAGAGCUGUUUUAAAAAAAGAGAGUAAAAAAUUCAUCACAGUAAAAUAAAUAACUAAAUAAAAUCACAUUCGAUCAAAUAAACUAUCAAAACUGUAAUUUUCUGUAAGGAUUUUAGCACAAAAUAUUGUCCGAUAUCUCCUCGAUGUUAUUCGAAAUUCUAUUCUGUCGAUAUUGUGAAGAUAUCGUAACAAUGUUCAUCGGCAUUUUGUGCUAAUAGAGCGAAUUUCAAGAGGCGAUAUCUUUGUCAAAAAAUAAAAAAAUAUGUCAACACAUCCCUAAACAUUAACAGCAAGCUUUUCAACAUUCAUUUUAUUUAAAUGGCUGUUAAAGUACUAUAGAAGCCUCUUAAACAUUUGAGUGCCAAUUUUUAUUCGAUUUUAAAAUAUCAAAGAGUUCUAAAGCUCAUAAAGUUUUCCUUCUUGCAAUCUCUUUCCAAAAGAUUUCAGGAACGUCAGCUAGGAACAAAAUGUCUUUCAAGAUCUUAAAAUAUCAGAGGCAAACGUUCUCAUUUUCUACUUUUCCCUCCAAAGCAGUUAGUAUUUUUCGCCUUCAAUGUGAAAAGAAUGUUUUAAGCAUUUUUGCACAGUUCCCCGUAUCACUUAAAGAUUUUUUCCACAAAUGAACUCUGAUUUACAAUUUCGGAGUAAAGAUAUUAUAUUUUAAAAUUCAUGCAUGUAGUUACAUAUACCAGGUAGCACAUUCGGUUGUACAUUAUUGUGCGAUAUUACAUGAUAUUGAUCAAUAUUUAACAAUAUUAUACAAUAUUGAGAAUAUUGAUCAAUGUCAUACAAUAUUGAGAAUAUUGAUCAAUGUCAUACAAUAUUAUACAAUAUUGAGAAUAUUGAUCAAUGUCAUACAAUAUUAUACAAUAUUGAGAAUAUUGAUCAAUGUCAUACAAUAUUGAGAAUAUUGAUCAAUGUCAUACAAUAUUAUACAAUAUUGAGAAUAUUGAUCAAUGUCAUACAAUAUUAUACAGUAUUUAUGCGCUAUUAGGGAUAAUACGCCGUUAUGUAUCGCAUGUUAAGUAUCAAUAUGAACAUGAAUACACAUGCCAAUGGAUGGCUUUGAUAUGAAAUUGGAUAUAGAACAACAAUUUUUCAGUAAAGAUUACACAUCAAAUUUUAUUUCAAUUAUCAAACCAUCAAAUUUUCAAAUAAACAAUUAUAUAAAAUUUCAAAAAAAAAAAAAUCUCCUCCGAAAUGAGAAUAUGCAACAAAAUCUCAAAUCUCUUUAUUCGAGAAAUUAUGCACUUCAAUAAAAAUAAUAAUAAUAAAAAAUAAAAUAAACAUAAAAUUUAAAUUUUACUAACAAAUCGAAAAAAAUUAAAUUCAUUAAAAUGAAAACUCUUAAUGACAUAUUUUAAAUUAAGACAGUUUUCUGCACUGAUUUUAUUUGAAAAUAUAGCAGAAUUUGCGAAAAGCACUCGCUGUCAAUAUUCUUGAGAUCCUAUUGAAGUCGGGGACUAAGUUCAAGAAUUCAAAUAAAGCGCAGUCAUUCUUCUGCUUUAUGUUGAUGGCUAUAUGUAAAAUGACAAAUAAAAGCAGAAAAUUCACAUUUUUACAUUUGAACCUUUUAUUUAUAAAUAAAAGGUUCGGUAAAAGCACCAGUCUUCUGCGUAUUGUUCAAGAGUUUUAAUAUUAUUAUUAUUAUUAUUAAUAAUCAAUAACCGAAAUAUGGAAUUUCCAAUAAGAUAAAAAGAAAAUGGAGUAAGAAAUAUGAAAAAUAAGAAAAUGGAAUGAGAAAUCUUGCUUUAAAUAAAAGUAUCAUUAUUCGUGUGUUUAGAUAUCAAUCAGGAUUUUACAGAAAAAUGUUGGAAUCGCCCUAAACCGUAUCGGAAAUACUCAAAGCUUUUUCUCAGAUUAUUCUAAAUUUGUAGAUAAUAAUAGUUAAGAAGAUUUUAUCUGCUCAGAAUAUUUCAUUAAUUUAAUAUUUAACUAUUUUUAAUUAAAUGUAUAUCUAAUUAAUUAUAUUCCAUUUUUUUUUCCUUUAUUUUGAAGACACCAGAAAAUGUUUCUGGAAGUAAUGGAGUUGCAAGUAGGAAAAGUUUAAAAUAUCCCGCUUUAGAAGAAUGAGAUGGAGAAAAAUGACAGCGCCAUCUGGCGUUCAAAUGUUUAACUACUCUAAUGUCCCUAAAUGCACAAUAAAUAACAUAACAGCACCUGAGCAUUAGCAGCAAAUAAGAAAAGCAAUAAAAACACGCAGCGAUGUCCAGCUUUCUUAACACAUUUCUAAAGUUUCCAACUUCUAUCAAGCCAGAUAAAUUAGAUGUAGAAACUGCUGUCGGCAUGAAAGGAAAAUUUUACUUUUUAUAUUCUCACGCACCCAUAAAUACAUACAUAAAGUAUUAACAGGUUAACCUGAUGUAUACAUCUCAACCUAGUGCUUUCAUUUUCUACAGAUUACUAUAAAAAAUAUUGAUAGGAUAGAUAUUCAAUAUUCAUAGAAAUGCUAGCGUAAAUAACUAAGUCUUUUGAAAUUUAAAUUAACUUCGAAAUGAGGCUCUCGUUUAAGAUUUCUAAAACAUCACUCUCUUUUCAAUUACAAUCUGCCUUAUACUCUAUAAAUAGGAUAGAUUGAAUAAAUUAAAAGUUUCAGAUUAUCUAAUAAGACGAAUCUACAUUAAAUAAAUAUAGCAUUUUUAAAAGCAUUUAUUUACUUAGUAAUUAUCUUUCACUACUUUAGUAAGCUAUUAAUGCCUUACAUUGAGACCAAUUGUAGCAGUAUUAUACUAUAAUUUCUAUUAUUGUUUCUUAUCACUUUUAAGUAUUUGCUAAAAUCUUUUUUUAUAUCAACUCAACUGACCAAAUAUGAAUUUGUGAAUACCUGCUUCUAUGAUGUGAUCACGUAAAUAGGAAGAAUUUGUACUCCGAGAUUGCAUAUUUUUAUAUGAUGUAAAUAAGAGUUAACAAAAAGUUUCAGAAUGAAAUUUCUCUUUAUAAGUUAUUGUCUAAUCUUGCACACUUUUAGAAAACUUCAAAAUGCUCUAACCAGUGGCUUACGUGAUUUGGUACAAUUACUAAACAACACAUCUUUUCGAUAUAUAAUAGUUUGCACUGCCAUCUUCAUGAGUUGACCUAUUCCUUCAUGCUUACCAUACCUACAGCAUGAGUAGAAAUAUUCUUGGCAAUCUGCCAACUCCAGAUCCGGAAGAAUGAACAAUUCAUAAAUGCAUGUGGUUGAAAAGAUGAUUUACUGCAAUAAAAUUAAUAAACUUCGUUUUACAUCAUUCAGAAUUUUAAUGUUUAUCAGUUAUACACUCGUCAUAGAAAAAUAUGAUAUAUCACAUAUGGAACUAAAAUAAAAUUUAAUACACCGAUUCCGUCAAACUAUCUCAUUUUCAAAUGUAGAUUUGAUGAAGCCACUGGUUUUAAUUCUCGUAAUUUAACUUUCUAUACUGUUCACUUUCCACUUCUGAAUUCACAUCUAUAGUAUACAUAUUAAAACGUAUGUAUAGUAGUGUCUUCCCAUGUCAAUUUUAGACAUUAUAGAAUCAUGUUUUGCAUUUCAAUGGUAAGAGUAGUAACUGUAAUUUAUAAAAAGUUAGAAUUGUCAUCUAAAACAAUUUUUUUUCCUCCUCAAAUUAUUUGUACUUUAAAUAUACUUAGAUGUAAUAUGUAAACUAUACUUUUUGAGACUUCUAUUUCGUAGUGGUUAGUAACAACAUUCAGGAAGAUAAAGUAUUAUUUAGUUAUGUUAAAUAUUUUGCUGCAUUAAAGGCACAUACUACAUGGCAUCACAUCGUUUGACAAUAAUAAAUUUUUAUUAUUUAUUUAGGAAUAGCAAAUCACUGUAGCUGAAAAAAAUACACAUAGAAUUUUUCUGUAAAAAGGCUUUAAACAUCAGAAUACUUCACAAUCAUUUUGUACAGGCAAUUAUUAUUUACAAAUUAAUUCAAGUACCAGUGUUAUGUUUAUCACGUCUUGAGAGGAAUUUUCUAAUGUUUUUAUGCCUCAUACUUGAUUUUUUUUCUUCUCUAAACAUGAUGAUAUAUUUUUGUUUCAAAACAAAUUUAAAAUCAUUUUAUUUUAUAUGAACCUGGAAUUCAUUAAUUUACUUUUAUAGUAUCUUCUUUUAAUAAUCAUUUAAAAAAAUAAUUACUAAAAUAAAAAUCUGCAAUUUAUUAUACACUUUUUAAAAUAUUCUGACUUAAGUACCAUAAUUUACAGACCUGUAUAGCUUUACCAUAGGCCAAGUCCAGCACAGCAGACAUUAUUUAUAUUAAGUGUAUAUAUUCAGUGAAAUCGUUAUCUUUGUGUGUAUAUUGCUGAAAUCACAAGAAAUGUAAAUAAUUUACUUUGAAAUUCCAUUUAUGCUUGAAAAUACUGUAAAGGAUCAUUUAGCAUAAAAUAUUAUGUAUGAAAAACUGUAAGAUAAUUAUAAAUAAGGGACCUGCAUUAUAUAUUUGUUAACAAAAUGUGAUUGUUUCUUAAAAAAAAAUUUUAAAAAAAUUCUUAUUAUUAAAAAUAUAUAUGAAUAAACUCAUAUGCAGUUUUAAAAUUAUAUAUGUAAAUUCAGUAUUUUUUUACCAUGUGAAUGGAAACUUGAAAAAUAAUUUAAAAGUAAU